AUGACAUCAUUUCCAGCAAUCAAGCCGCUACCAAAUCGGCUCCGCACAGAAUAUGAGCACAGACGAACUUUACGUGGUGUGAAGAAAUCCGAAGAAGCUUUGAAAGUCCGAUUUUCUCCGCACAACGAAAAUCUAGCCACCAACGAACCAAACAAGGGCGCCAGUUUUGUAACAAAACGAGGCACAUCGACGGAACACAAAUGGAAACAAGGUUCAUAUUCUGCCAAGACUACACGCCGUCCAGUUACGUCCAUAUCAGUUGGUUUGCAGUCCGCAAAAAAGGCAAAUUAUAUCAGUAUAUUGAAAGACGUGCAUCGUCCACGUACAGUGGGCAAUGGAGGUGACCGAUACGUUAUUACGCCCGACCUCGGCCACUUGGAAACAAAGCAAUAUGGUUGGAAGGUUAAGCUGUUCAAUGGCCUUUCAACGAAGGAUCAAGACGAACCAACAGACAACAUCGAAGCUGACAAGCAAAAUUCAAACAAAUCGAAAUAUCAUUGGAAAAAGAUACGGACAUCUGUGUUCGGUAAUGACACUGCAUACACUAAUUUCUACACAUCUUACGGUACAAGGUCUCUAUCGAAUAACUAUGCCAACGAUGCAGAAUAUGACUUGGACUCGCUACCAAACAUACAGCGAAAUUUGCCUACUCCGGAGUUUAUCGAGGGUUCGUCUGAGGGCAAAGGGCGACACCCUUGGGAGUAUACUCAGGAACCGCCAGUUCUGACCAUCUCCGACAGUGAGGAGUGCGACACGGACCUCGAACUAGACAUGGACAAGUUUGGGAAAGACGAAAUACCGAAUGAAGAUAAAAACAUCGGUAAGACGAUAUAUAUCCGAGAGUGUGAGAGGUGGCGAACGGCUCCCCAACGGAACGUGCUCGGCAGUCUACCAGGACUCUGUCUAAACCUCAAGAACCACUCCUUGGGCACACGGGCCCUACCGCCAAUAUGCGAAGCGCUGCGGGACAAUCUCCGAGUGGAGGUUUUGAACUUAGACGGUGUAGACAUAACAGACGAGGGCAUAAAGCAUCUCGCGGGGAUGCUCUUGGAUAAUAUCUGCAUCACCAGGCUGAACAUUUCGAACAACAGUCUGGGACUACGUGCCGCCCAGUCGAUCGGUCACGUGAUGGUCGUUACCAACAACAUAACCCACCUCAACAUGUCUGGUAACAAACUUGACGACAACUCGGCAUGGUACCUUACUUCUGGCAUAACGUCUAACUCGAGUAUCACCCACCUAGAUCUGAGUUACAACAAUCUAGGUGAACAGGCAGGCGUGCUUCUUGGAGCCGCUCUUGCUCGAAACAGUCGAUUGGUGAACCUGAAUAUGAGUUGGAACAAGAUAUUUGGGAAAGGAUCUGUGGCACUCUUCAGGGCGCUAAUGGUAAACUCUACGCUGGAGACGUUGAAUGUAUCAUGGAACGGUCUAGGUUAUGAAGGCACGGUGGCGCUGUGCAAGUGCCUCAAGAGGAAUGUUGGCCUCAAAGAUCUGGAUGUCUCAAAUAACCGCCUCAACUGGAGCUGCGCCUCUCUCAUGGCCGAGGGAAUGCGCUUCAACAGCAUUCUCAACAAACUCAGGAUCGGACACAACCCGCUUACGACCACGGGAGUAAUGGACAUUCUGGAGGCAAUCGCCACCGAGGAGAGUGUUGUCAGCUUUCUCGACUGUUCGGGUAUUCCGGCGUUUAAGACGGCAGACUUGCUGUCGGCAACCAUCAGCCGUCGGCGUCCGUUCCAGUUUUUACACGGGGGAAUCGUCAACACGCAUGACAUCAUUGGACAACGAGUCGGCCGAGAGCUGAACCCAAUGAUGAAAAUCAUCGAAUAUUUGAGGUUGUUGGGACUGCGUCCUCUUGAGCUUCUGAAGUCAUUCAACAAGACUUCCUCGUUCGAGAUGCCGCGUGAGGGGUUUGCAGACCAGAUCAAGAAGAUUGGGGUCAAACUGCAACCAUUCGAAAUCGACGCCCUUGCUAAUUCAAUAUCUGGCAAGGGAUUCAACAAGAAUGUCAUUAACUACAGAAAAUUGUCGCUUGCGGUGCGGGAGGUAGUAGAGGCUGAGCGUGAAAGAAAAAAUCGGGAGCGAGAGGAAUGGUUGCAGAUCAAAACAUAUCACGAAUCGAUCCUGAAGAAGGGAUCUCUGGAGGACUACAUAAGCCAUACAGGCAGCGCAAAACUAGCUGAGCCUCUAGAUCAACUGAAGGUCAACAGUUUCCAGACAAUCGGAUUAAGUGGCUCACGACACAGCACCGUGGCGUCCCGAGCGCCUUCCGUUCACACGAGUAGGGUCGCAAUGUCCACAGUCUCCCUUGCCCAGUCCACAACGACCCUUAGGUCAGCCAAGAAGAAGGUUCGUAAACGCCGGAAGAAGAGAGUGUUGUAGAGUAAUGUCAUCAUGGAAGUCUAAGGACGAUCUGGAAGUUAUUGAUUUAUACUCAUGCUGUUAAUAGUGAAGCGGUUUUGAGCGAUGUUUUCUCUCUUUUGAAGUGACUUAAUUUGUGUAAAUUGACCAAUAGUCAAAAUUAUUUAUUAUGUUAUGUUUGUUUUUGUGGUGAAACUAUUCUUUGUUAACGUCUGUUGAAAUACAUCUAAAUACCCGUUUCUGAAAUUUCUUUGAAAUUCAAAGUCAAAGAACUUACAGUCUAAAAAUAAUAAAACAAACCUUUGGCAAUCAAUUUUGUCAAUUGAAUUAUAAAGGAUAGUUCGG